UACUCCAACUUGUUACACUGCCACCAUAUACUAACAGAAAAAACAGAGAAAUUUAAGAGGAAAAAUAAAAAGAAAGGAAAAAAAAAACAAAAGAAACAAAAAAUGGCAACUGUGUGCCUCUCAAAUCCUAAAUCUCUUCUUCCUUCUCUUCAAUCAUCUUCUUUGUCCAAUUUAACAGCCCAAAAAAUCAGUGUUAAGAGACAAUUAAUUGUGUGCAAAGCAGAAAAUAAUGUACUUAAUUUUAAUCCUUUAAUUAUUAGCAAGAGAAGCCUCUCAAUUAGCCUUGCAUCAAGUUUGUUGAUUUCUUUAGCUGGUAACGGCAUUUUUAAUGCCAAUGCUGCAAUUUUAGAAGCUGAUGAAGAUGAUGAGUUGAUGGAAAAGGUGAAAAAGGAUAGAAAGAAAAGGCUUGAAAGACAAGGCAUUAUCAAUUCCUCUACAAAGGAGAAAGGAUACUUGCAAGAUUUGGUAUACAAGCUCAGUAUAGUAGGUCAAGCAAUAGAGAAGAAUGAUUUAUCAGCUGCAAGUUCAGUUCUUGGCCAAAGCACUGAUGCAGAUUGGGUUCAGAAAGUUAAUUCAGCAUUCAACAAGUUUAGUGGUAGCGAUGAGGAGAAAACAGAGAUUGAUUCCUUCAACUCUUCGCUGUCUUCUCUAGUUUCAUCAGUUACUAAGAAUGACAUUGAAGGAACAAAGACAGCUUUUUUGGCAUCAGCAAGUGCAUUUGAGAAAUGGACAACAUUAACAGGAUUGAUUGAAGAGCUAAAAGGGCUUUGAAGCAAAAGGAAUUAGCGUUUCCCUCUUGUAUCUGAUACCUAUUAAUAUGAGAAUUGAGAGAAUUUGGUCCAUGCCAACAUGUUUUCACCAUUGACAUUACUUUUACUGAUUAUGUAUCCACAAAGUUAUAAUCUUUUUCAGUGUUUUUUCCCUCUGUAAAAUGAAAAAUAUAUGUAUUUGAGUUUCAGUUGUAGCUUAAUCUCUUAGCAAAAUGA